UUGGCAAGCUUGCACACAGGCAUAGGCGAAACACAUCUAAAUAGCAUUCUGUCAACCAUGAACAUCCCUACAAUGAGCCGAGCAAGUUUUAAGAAUGGAGAGAGAGAAGUUGGUUCUAUUAUUGAAGGUGUUGCUAAAAAAUCAUGUGAAGAUGUUGCCAUUAAAGAAAAAAAUAGUGCCAUCUUGAUGGGGGCUGAACCAGAUGAAAAUGAUCUUAUUCCAAUCAGCGUCUCUUAUGACAUGGGAUGGCAGAAGCGGGGUAAAGGCUUUAAUUCAAAUACUGGUCAAGGUGCUGUUAUGGGGUUGGAUACAGGCAAGAUAAUUGAUUACACUACCAAAACUAAGACCUGCAGAAUAUGUGAACAUGCUGCAAAAAGUCAUGAACAGCCUAGACAUCAUGAUUGCCGUAAAAACCAUACAGGCUCGUCUAAAUCGAUGGAACCAUUGUCGGCUGUUGACCUGUUCCAGAAUGCCACAAACUAUAACAUUAAAUAUUCUAAGUACACUGGCGAUGAUGAUUCAACAACAGAAUGUUAUGUUCAUGAAAAGGUCCCAUAUGGCAUUGAAAAAUACAGUGAUAUAAUACAUAUCAAACGCUCUCUAACAACCAGGCUAUACAACCUGAGUAAACAAUUUGUGUCAAUCAAGGAAAAGGUGAUCCUAAAUCCAUCCAAACCUUCCUGAAGUCCAUUGUUCCUCAUGCAUUUGGC